GAUAAUUACUGGACUGUGACAGCAAAUAAUGGAAGUAGUCCUGUAGGACUAGAAUAUUCGGGUGUUGAAACUGAAAUAAGACUAGUGAACCGUCGGACAAGAAAAGAAAAGCCAUGAAAAAUUCUAAAAAAUCGUCAACAAAAGCGUCUUUAUUCAUGAAUAUCGUUUUUUUAUACUCAAACAGAUUUCAAUCCAAUUGAAUCUUCAUCACUGUUCGUUUUUCUUUUCUCUCUCUUAUCAGAAAGUUGGUUAUAAAUUUUAGUUUCUCACCUGAGGCUGAAUUCGUAUAUGCUGGAAUGGAACUCUUUGCAAUGCAAGUUAAUGAAUGAAGCUCUGAGAGAGUAAAUGCUUGAAAAAGAAACUUAAAGGUACCAAUUCCUCACCUCAGGUAUGGGAAAUACAGAAUCAGGAUAUGAUGAUUCGCUUCAAACUGACUUUUGGCAUCAACCUUCUUAUGAACCUUCUUCCCUAGCAGGAAGUUCAAUGGAUCGAAACUAUCAACCCAGGCAGCAAGCCCCGUUUAUACCUGACAAUUUUAGUUCUUUGGAUCAGGUUAUUUCAGCAUUGAGAGAGGCAGGACUUGAAUCAUCCAAUUUAAUACUUGGUGUUGACUUCACUAAGAGCAAUGAAUGGACAGGGCGGUAUUCAUUCAACAGAAGAAGCCUUCAUGCUAUUGGGAGCUCACCUAAUCCUUAUGAGCAAGCAAUAUCUAUAAUUGGUCGUACUUUAUCUCCUUUUGAUGAAGAUAAUUUAAUACCUUGUUUUGGUUUUGGUGAUGCAUCAACGCAUGAUAAAUACGUUUUCAGCUUUUAUCCUGAUCACCGACCUUGUCAUGGUUUUGAGGAAGCUCUUGCACGGUAUAAAGAGAUUGUUCCGCACAUAAAGUUGGCAGGUCCAACUUCAUUUGCUCCAAUUAUUAAUGCUUCUAUUGACAUCGUGGAUAGCAGUAAUGGACAGUACCAUGUUCUUGUCAUCAUUGCAGAUGGACAGGUUACAAGGAACCCUGAUGUACCGCGUGGAAGGCUUAGUCCACAAGAACAAGAAACUGUAGAUUCCAUCGUUGCUGCUAGUCAUUAUCCUCUCUCGAUUAUUUUGAUUGGAGUGGGGGAUGGACCAUGGGAUUCAAUGCAACAAUUUGAUGAUAAUAUUCCACAUCGUGCCUUUGACAACUUCCAGUUUGUCAACUUCACAAAAAUCAUGUCUGAGAAUACAGAAACGUCAAAGAAAGAAGCAGCCUUUGCUCUUGCUGCUCUCAUGGAAAUUCCGUAUCAGUACAGAGCUACCCUGAGUAUUCGUUUUGAUAAUAGAGAACUAGAACGUGGACUUGCAAGACCACUUCCGCCUCCACGAGAAGUGAUCGAACAUGAUAAUUCCAUUCGAUCGAUCCCACACAUGACUAAUUAUGAAACAGUGCAGCCAACAGCCCCUGCAGAACCUGUAAUAAGUUCUGCAGUAGAACCGGUUUGUGCUAUCUGCUUGGUAAACCCAAAAGACAUGGCUUUUGGGUGUGGUCACAUGACUUGCAAGGACUGUGGGGCGACAAUUUCAUCAUGUCCGAUGUGCCGGCAGCCAAUAACGACACGCCUGAGACUGUAUACCUAAUUGGGAGCUGAUUUCUGGUUCUGUUGAGUGCUGUGAAGCCUAUUCAGGACAGGACCCUUUACAAAAUCUCAGUCAUUAUACAAUAUGCAUAAAGUCCAGUUUUAUUUCUAUUAGAGAUUCUCAAAUCCAAAGGUGGCCAUGUUACUGAACUGGUCAACUUUUUUUUUUUUUUACAAAGGGUUUGCAUUGGACUAUUUUGCUCCCGCAAAGUUCUUUGCGUUGUUUGAAUAAAGUAUUUGUAUUUGGAAUGUGCAUUGCAACUUGCCAGGUGCAGAGGUUACGGGAAAAAAUGGAAAAUUAUUGCAUACACAAGUGGUGGUGAGGGAAGGGGGAUAAAUUAUUAAAUGGAUGUACAUAAUCCAUUUGUUGUGAAGUUAAAACACCGAGCCCUUAAAUCAAAAUGACUAUAUGGUUUGAGGUUUUAUAA